AAAAAAACCUAAAGAAGCUUUUCACGUAUAUUCCUUUUCUCUCUCUCUUUCUUAUGGCCAAAGCUGAACCAAACAACUUCUCUCUGGCCAUCAUAACAUCUUCUUGACUUCUUGAAGCUUUCUUUCUUCUUCUCGUUUCUAUCUUCCUUAUUUAUUUCUCCGUUAGAUUCUUUAAUCAUCAAUUUCAAGAAUGGCUCAGUCCUGCCUAAAGAUCGUUCGACUCAACAAUCUCAGGAACAGAGUGAACCGUAGGAUUCUGAUCCUGCGUAGAUUCACGCGGCUUAUCUGGAGCAGAAUAGUCGCUUUCUCUCCCAAAAAAGCAGGGAGAUAUUCGUUGCUGUCACGACUCGCCACACCGUCUCCUUCUGUCUCUCGUCCUCAGCCUCCUCCCAUCCCCGUUAUACGCCGCACAUCGGUGCAUGAACACGAUAACGGCCACCGGAGAUCGGAUUCUGAUCUGGUUUCUCUCAAGAUCAGCCUCUUAGGAGAUCCCGAGAUCGGAAAAACUUGCUUCCUGGCUAAAUACGUUGGGGAAGGGAAAGAAGUUGAAAUGAGAGAGUUGGAGGAAGGGGUCACUUGUACGGACAAGAUGUUAUCCAUGGGAGGUGCUCGCAUUUCCUAUAGUAUUUGGGAACUAGAAGGAGCUGAGAGAUCACGGGAUCAGAUCCCCAUGGCUUGCAAGGACUCUGUAGCUAUUCUCUUCAUGUUCGAUCUCACCAGUCGUUGCACUCUUAACAGUGUGAUUAGCUGGUAUCAACAAGCUAGACAGUUUAAUCAGACGGCUAUUCCAGUGAUGGUAGGAACCAAGUUUGAUGAGUUUAUUCAGCUUCCUAUUGAUCUUCAAUGGACAAUCGCUAGCCAGGCUAGAACCUAUGCCAAGGCGUUGAACGCGACGCUAUUCUUCUCGAGUGCUUCAUACAACAUAAACGUAAAUAAAAUUUUCAAGUUUGUCACGGCUAAGCUCUUCGACUUACCAUGGACAGUGGAGCGGAAUCUCACUAUCGGAGAACCACUCAUCGACUUCUAGCAUCUUCCCACAACGUAUUUGUAGAUAUAUAUAAAUAUAAAUAUAAAAGAAGCAAAUCCGAUUUAUUUUUCAUUCACCGCCGUGGGAUUGAUCGGUGCACCGUUUCUAGCCGUAUGUAAAGCGAAAUGGAGAGAUGAUGCGGCGGAGAUUUCGCCCGCUUUCUUCAAUAUUUUCUUUUUAAAAACAAGAAAAAAAGGAAAGAAAACAGAGAAAAAAUGGUAUUGAAAAGUAGUAGGAAAAAAAAAAAGAGAGGAGAGAUCGUGAAGUUUUUCUAUUCUUUUUUUUUGUUUGUAAUGUUUCCGCUUUCCAUCAACCACUGGAGAAUUUUGGUUCCAGUAAUAGUAAAUACCAUUUCGCUUUUGAUUUUGAUUUUUAUAACCUGAGACCGAAUACUAAC